AUGCUGCACACAAAUAUACAUCCAAGAUAUAGAUUCACCAUAUGGCUUGCAGCACAGCAGAGACUAGCUACAGUGGAAAGACUAUUGAAGAUUGGCAUCCAAGUUCCUGCAGUAUGUGCAUUCUGUGGACAUAGCCUGGAAUCCUUUAUCCACUUGUUCUUUGAGUGUACCAUUACAAAGAAACUGUGGUCCAGACUAUGUUCAUGGCUGGGACAUAAGAGGAGCAUUGGAGAUUGGGAAACAGAACUGAAUUGGGCAUGCAAGAAAGCCAAAAGCAGAAAAGGAACAAAUGUUAUUACUAGUUGUGUGUUUGCUAUGACUGUUGCACUGAUUUGGAGGGAGAGGAACAGAGUCAGAUUUGAUAAAGCUAAGUUUGAUGAACUUCAAAUCUCCAGAGAGAUAGUGCUACACAUACAUAUUAGAGGGAAGAACAUAGGAAAGUGGAAAGAGGCAUUGCAACAACUGGAUUGGAUUCCAAAGUUGAAUUAA